UUAUUAAAUUAUUAAAUUGAAUUCCCUUUCUUUAUUAACAACUUUGUUUUUAUGAUUUUGAGGAAAAAAAUAUAAUUUUUUCUCGACAAUUCAAUCAUUCGUUGUAUCUCAAACUCAAUUAAUUAUUCCAAUUAGUGUUAAACAAGUUAGACUGAAAAAUGAAUUUUAAAUCAAUGAAGAUUAGGUGCCUGUUGAAUGAGACUUUGUUCCUCAAAAUUGAAGAAAAAUAACUUGAUAAAACCAGUAAUUAGAGAUAAAAAAAAAAGAAUGAAACGUCAUGCUGGUCAGAAAAUAAUAUGCGAAUGCCUUUCUCUUUGCUAUAGUUUGUUAUAAGCGGUGAAGACGUGAAUAUGCGAAAAGCCGAUUACAGUCGGCUUAAUUAUUGAGACAAUCCGAUUGAAUUGUCAAACAGUGUCGUGAAAAAAAAAUUUUUAAUUACUUUACAUCUAGUAAAAACUAAUUUACUGUCAAAUUCAACAAAUAAAAUUUUAUGUUCUUCUGAAAAAAAAAUAGAAAAAUUUUCUUAAUUUUCUUUUACUAACAAGAGAAGUAAAUCUCGAAAUGGAUCAAGUAAAACCGGAUAAACCAAAACAUUGUACAUGGCAGCCAAAUGCCAAAGACACGCCUCAUACUCAAAGAUCUCUGCACGUAGAUCGAAAGAAAAUAUUGCGAAAUAUUUUAGAAGCGAUUGGCGAGACUCCCAUGGUACGUCUCAACAAAAUUCCAAAACAACAUGGAAUAAAGUGUGAAAUAUUGGCAAAAUGCGAAUUCAUGAAUCCAGCGGGAUCGAUGAAAGAUAGAGUCGCGCAUCGAAUGGUCCAGGAUGCGGAGGAAAAAGGUUUAUUGAAACCUGGCGACACAAUUAUUGAGCCAACGAGUGGAAAUACAGGAGUUGGUUUGGCAAUGGUAACGGCUGUCAAAGGGUAUAAUUGCGUGACAGUAAUGCCUCAAUGGAUGUCGAAUGAAAAGCAAUACACGAUGCAGGCCCUUGGUGCAAAAGUGGUGAGGACGCCGGUCUCAGGCCUUCCCGACAAUCCCGAGGGACCAUUCAUGGUCUCUGCAAAAUUGCUGCAACAAACACCGAAUAGUGUCGUUUUAAACCAGUAUUCAAAUCCGUCAAAUUCACUUGCUCAUUACGAUACAACGGCUGAAGAAAUCUUCGAACAAACGGGAGGAAAAAUUGAUUAUUUUGUCGCUGGAUCAGGAACUGGAGGUACUCUCACUGGAAUUGCUCGUAAACUUCGAGAAUUAUCGCCUCAAACGAAAAUAAUUGCCGUCGAUCCCCUGGGAAGUCAAAUGGCAAAUCCUCCUGAACUAAAUAAAACUCCAGUAACUUUUUGGGAAACCGAGGGAAUUGGCCACGUUUAUCUUCCGUCGAAUAUGGAUCGAGAUGUCGUCGAUCAAUGGGUGAAAUCAAAUGAUCGCGAUUCAUUUCUCGCCGCCAGAAGUUUAAUUCAAGACGAGGGUCUACUUGUGGGUGGAAGUUGCGGAGCCGUUUUGUGUGCGGCACUUGAAAUAGCGAAAGAUCUUCCAGAAGACAAACGUGUCGUGAUUCUAUUACACGACGGAAUUCGAAAUUACUUGACGAAAUUUGUCUCCGACUAUUGGAUGGAGAGCCGAGGCUAUUUAGAUCCUCCCGAACCAAUCGAAAGCAAUCGCUGGUGGUGGGAUCUUUUGGUUUCUGAUCUUCAUCUAAAUAAACCUUUUGUUAUUCCAGAAGGAACAACUUGCGAGGAUACAAUGAAAAUUUUCCAAGAAAAAAAAUAUCAUCAAUUGCCAAUUGUCAAAUCAAACAAUGAAAUUAUUGGUUUCAUAACGCAAAAUUUGAUAUUAAGUAAUUUAAUUUCAGGAAAAGUGCAAAAAAUCGAUGUGGUCGAGAAAAUAAUGGAAAAAGAAUUUCGUAAAGUAAAUCUAAAAACGUCACUCGGUAAACUUUCUCGUUUUCUCGAACAUGAACAUUACGCCGUUGUUUUGGACGAUGAUAAAAAUGAUGAAUUAGUCGGAAUCGUCACUCAAAUUGAUUUAUUGCAUUUCAUCAACAGCAGCAGAAAUGGCGCAACUGCGUAAAUUUAGUUUAUCACUAAAUUUCGAAUUAAUUUCUCUCUAAAAUCGAAUUUAAUUACUUAAUUACUGCUACUUCAUCAAAAUUAUUUUCAUCUUUUCAAAUUCAUUUGUUUAUCAUUCAAUUUUACCAAAUUUCAAUUAUU